AUUAGCCAAUCAGACGAAAGGAAGGGCGGUCGUCACAGCAUCGUCUUAGAAAAAAAAAAUGUUAACCAGGAAGUGGCUAGCAAGCUAGCAUCGUAGAAUGAAGUAGUGCUGAGAGACUGGUACUUUGACAGCUUGAGAAAGGCAGGAUGGGCAGGCAGAGGAAGAGGGUGGUGGCUGGCGAAGCUGUUCCCCUACUGCGGAAAGACGACAAGCCCCCUGCAUUCCACCGAAAAGACAAGAAGAAGAAAGUCGAUAUUGGCAAAGUAUUCAUCAACAUCUCCAUUGGCCUUUGCAUCUUCAGUCUGGCCUGGUUCUUUUACGCCCUCCACAUGCGAUCAAGCCUGGCGAAACGCGUGGUGACCCCGCACCCGUCCCCUCGCGUCCUGGACGCCAACAGCAGCAGUGCGGCGGUCUCCGCCGACAGGUUCUGGGGCUCAUACAGGCCUCAGGUGUAUUUUGGCAUGAAAACCAGGAGUUCCAGGUCGAUUGUGGCAGGUAUGAUGUGGAUGCGUCAGUUUGCUGACAUGGAUGUGAACCUGAGGCACACCUGUGAGCAAGGGGAUCGUUUGCAAGGCUACGGCUGGUUGAUGCAUGACGGCAUCACCUUUGGCGUCCAGGAAAUCCGCGACAGCGAUUUCACAUUAACGACCGAGUUUGUCAAGAGGAUGGGAGGGGAUCACGGAGGAGACUGGACGUGGAGGGUCACUGCCAAGCAGCACAGCUCGGCCCCUCAAGCGCCAGUCCUCUCCCUGAUGUUUUACACCGCAGCAGACACCCAGGGCUCACUGGAGGCUCACCUCGAGGACGGAAAGCGCCUGGCGUCCGUCACCGGUUUCUCCAAAGAACUUGGAAACUUUAAGAUCACCUUCCGAAAGCCAGUUACUGGAGAAUUAUCCACUGCCAAAUAUGCCACAUACAACUAUCUUCAGACUGUGUCUCCUGGCUUGGAGAAGCUGACCGACAUUGUGAAGCAAAGUCUGAACCGUAGGUUUAUCUACAGCCCUCCUUCGGGUGAGAAAAGACAUUACAUAGCCGUGGACACCUACCAGCCCCCCCACCAAUCCAAGCCUGCUGAUCCACGGAAGGAGAGUGACUUUGUGGUCCACCAGGUGACCGUCCAGAUGCCGUUCCAGAUUGAAGUUCUGUUUGAGUCGGGGAGCUUCCACAGACGUCCCAACCAGCUUGUGGGCUCAGUCAUGACUCAGGAGCUGGAGAGAAGGAAAGCCGAGUUCGACUCGAAGUUCGAGAAGACUUUUGGCCUCGAGGGCAAAGGUUUCAGCCAGUCGCAGGUCAAGUUUGGCAAGGCAGCGCUCAGCAACAUGUUGGGUGGAAUGGGCUACUUCUACGGCGAGUCCGUGGUACAGUCGGUAUACAAUGAAUACCCGCUCCUUUACCCCGAGGGAGCUUUGUUUACCGCCGUGCCAUCGCGCUCUUUCUUUCCCAGAGGAUUCCUUUGGGACGAGGGCUUACCAGCUCUGCUGAGCAAGUGGAUCCCAAGUGACGAGGGAGGCUGUGCCCACUGGAUAGACCUGAUGAAUGAGGGCUGGAUCCCGCGGGAGCAGAUCCUGGGAGACGAGGCUCGCAGAAAAGUCCCCGCCGAGUUUGUGGUUCAGCGUAACGAGAAUGCCAACCCACCUACGCUUUUCUUGGCCCUUCAGGAACUCAUCGAGCAGCUCUCGUCAAAAGCGGAAGAGCCGGCGUCUCGACCGACCUUGCCUUUCCUUCGACGGCUCUUCCCCCGGCUGAAGACUUGGUUCGACUGGUACAACACCACGCAGACGGGGCCUCUGCCGAACUCCUACCGCUGGCGUGGGCGCGACAAGGACACCAAUCUUUUCCUCAAUCCCAAGACCUUGACUUCAGGGCUGGACGACUACCCCCGGGCCUCGCACCCGUCGGCAGAUGAGCGCCAUGUAGACCUACACUGCUGGAUGGCCUUGUCCUCGGGCAUCAUGGCAAGUAUAGCUCGGCUUCUGGGCGAGCCUCAUCACGACUACGAACUUACCCACCAGGUGCUCAGCGACAACGACCUGCUGAGUGACCUCCACUGGUCGGAUCAACUCGGUGCCUUCAGCGACUUCGGGAACCACACCCAGGCGGUGUCCCUGCAGCAGGAGAAGGUGUACGUGCCACCCGGACAACCUCGCCAUCAGUUCCCCGUGGCGCGUCUGGUGCGCUCGGUCCGCCGGGCGCCCAAGCUCCAGUACGUCAAUGCUUUGGGUUACGUCAGCUUGUUUCCUUUCUUGUUGCACAUUCUUACCCCGGAUUCACCCAAACUAGAACACGUCUUCCGUGACAUGAGAGACUCGAACAAGCUGUGGACGCCCUACGGGCUGCGUUCACUUUCUAGAGCCGACCCUCUGUACAUGAAGCGCAACACAGAGCACGACGCCCCCUACUGGAGGGGGCCGAUAUGGAUUAACAUCAACUACUUGGCCGUCAGAGCCCUGCACCACUACAGCAACGCGGAAGGGCCGCACCGCGAGAAGGCAGCCGCUCUGUACCAGGAACUCAGGACUAACAUCAUCAAUAACGUUUAUAGACAGUACGCUGAAACUGGGUACGUCUGGGAACAGUACAACGACGGCACUGGUCGGGGCCAAGGAAGCCACCCCUUCACCGGCUGGUCAGCGCUGACCGUAUUAAUGAUGGCUGAACAGUACUGACGAGCUGCAGGCUCCAAGUUGUGUUUUCUAAGGUAUUGGCUUUCGUUUCGUCUGGAUGUGAUCGUGAUCAGGUGUAAAUAUCACUGGUUUUGUCGAGGAAACUUGACAGUUUGAUAUUUGUAAUUUUAUCUUCCAUUUGGGGGGGAAAAAAACAUUUAUGAUUAUUUCUACACUGAAUGAAUUAGAUGAAAGAGAAGAUGCAUUAGAUAAAAUGGCAAGCUUCACAGAGAUAUUAUCUGAAAAGCAAAGUCUUCAGUGCAGCUGCCUUUUACUUUGUGAAGCCAAUCACUGCUUGUGAUUGGCUUCACUGGAGUUAUAUACUCAAGAUGCAUUAAAGAAACACUUGCCACCUCAUUAUGUGGAUGUUGAAUCAGUGUUGAACGUAUGCAGUCCACUUAAGUAAAUUCCCCAAUGUGUUCCCUACUUUUCUCUACGUCAGAUUAAUUAAGAGUAAAAAGUCAGUAAAAAAUAUUACACCUAAACUAACUAAUACCACCUGAUUUUAAGUUUUUCUUCUCCGCUGACUGAAGAUGGGCUUAAUUGCACCGUUAACUCAUUGUGAAAAACUCUUUAAACUAUAUAGAAACAUAAUAAAACUCUCCCAAAAUGUCCUUGUUGUUCUUUCCGCUGGCUGUUAGUGGUUUUCCCACACAGCAUCUCUACCGUGCCGGCCAGAAUACCGAUGCAGCGGCUCGUUGGCGGCGCUCGCUGCUUUUUACCGUUCAUUUCAAGACGCUCUCCAGCACACAUCUGUCUGACUGAGCACAGUGACGGCAUCGAGACAUGGAGAACGUUAGUGACAAACUGCAUUCAUACCUCCUUUUGAGACAAAGAGCAAGAGGUGGAAAUUGGUGAUUUAUUUUCUUCCCUUUUUUAACGAGAUUAUAUCCCGCAUGCAGCUUCAUUGCAACUUUUUAUUAUGGAAAAGCAAGACCGCUCUUUAAUACUUAGGAAACCACAGGUCCACCUCUCUGGGGCAGCGUUCAUGCUCACACACUACAUGUGUGAUGCUGUAAAUGAACAACUGUUAGAUUUCUCCCAUGUCGCUAUCUGGGUAAAUGAAUGAGGGUCAUUAUUCUCUGUUGUGCCAUUUCUCUUUAAAACACAUGUUCUCAUCUCCGUCUUAAUGGUUGGUAUUUUCGAUAUUUAAUUGUUUGAUAAUAGUCUUUGUGAAGAAAAACAGUGUUUAAUAUUUUCUUAAAUGAUCGCUUAUGAAAGCAGCCAUGUUUUGUACACGCAGACUGUGGUUUGACCGACAGGGAAUACAACAUUGACUGAUGUUUGUUUUGUUAAAAACAAUAAACGGUUUAAAUAAU